UUUUCCGUUUGAAUAUGAUUAUUCCGCUGACGAUGAUUCCACUGGAUUGAGCUCAUGACUACAUUGGAUUGAAGCAACGACUUUAGACACACAACAUCUGUAAAACCAAAAGAAAUCAUUUAAAAUAUGAAAUGACUUUUCAAACAAACAAAAUUAAACAUUUUAAAAUGUAGGAUGAAAUUUCAUUGGACAUUGACUUUUAAAAAUAAAACAAGCUUCUAAAUUGAUGAAAGGAGACACCUACGGACUCUCUUUUAGUCUCUAUGGAACAAUUGUAGUUUCAUCUGCUGAAAAGAUGGUGUUCUAUCUUUGUUUGAUGAAAUCAUUCAAUAAGACGUUUAAUGUGUCAAAAUCACACCGGAAAUAUGUUGUAGUCUAUCAUCUGUGCUUCUUAUGUAUGUAUGUGCUUGAUCUAGUUGCAAGAACCAUUUCCUAUCAACCACCUGACACCUGCCCAGAAAGAAGUUAUAUCUGUAACCCCAUCACAAAAGAAUAUGUUAUGCUUCCAGAAAUCAAGACAAAUUGUGACCGGCAAUAUCAUGAUUGGACGAGUGGAUUCGGUUAUGUUUCUUCAUCCAAUGAGUACAAAGUGGUAGGAAUGUAUCUGAAUAAUUGGGACCAGUAUGCGGAAAUCCACAUAUACACUCUAGGCAGCGGUGAUGGAUGGAGGAACCUUGGAAAGCUGAAUCAUGAGUUCGACACAUAUCUUUGGUGCCACGGUAUCUUUGCUAAUGGAGCUCUUUAUUGGAUGGACAAUGCUAAAGAAAUGAUUGUGACCUUCAACUUGGCAAAGGAAAAGUUUCAUGAAAGUCUUUCACCACCUCCUUUAUGUACACCAGCCGAUGAAUGGAUGUUAUUUUUUGGAUGGGAUGUUAUUUUUUGGUGUCUCUGUACUUGUUGAAGGAGCCGAACUUUAUGACAUAUGGCUAUUAGCAAAGAAGAAUGACAAUCAUGACGAGGGGGAGUAUCAUCAGUCCUUUGGGUGGACUAAAGAGUUUCGGAUUGAUCAUGGUGACGAAUUAGUAUCUCUUAUGAAGAGUGGGAGUGUUUUAACUUACGGGUACAGCAGUCUCCGUAGACAUCAUCUCCACAUUUACGAUCCAAAAGCUUCAACCUCAAAACCGCUUAUGGAGUUUAAGGAACAGAUUCAUCAAGUAUUCCCCCACAGGAACACCUUAGUUUCACUGAAAGAAUUAGGUGAAGAAGAAACAAAGGUAAUGGAGUGAGUUGAAAUUGAAGAGACAAAGCUUUGAUUAGCGUUUGAACCAUAUAUAUAUAUAUGUGUGUGCGCACUUAUAAACUGGUGACGUGAAGUGGUUUUCAUAUCGUAAUUUAUAUUAGUAUGAACCAUCCUGCGAACAUACUGUCAUUGGCGUUGUCUUGAGUUUGAUAUUGUAACUUUAUUGUUAGUCUGUCUUUAUAUCAUCCAAUCAAACUUUGUGGGAGUGUUGUCUGUUUUUGGUUAAGCUAUGUAUUUGCACAGUUUAAUUAAUUUUCCAUUUCCUUGACUAUGAUUCAGUUGGA